CGCAGCUGAAUUUUACAAACCCGUUCGUAACUGGUCAUUGUUAUAAAAAAGAAGUGUACAGCGGUUCAAAAUUUUAUCAAACUAGUGGUAUAUUUUAAUAUGAUGAAUCACGAGAAAGAAUUGUACAAUAAAAUAAAUACACUGCAGACAGAAAUGCUGGAGUUCAGUAAACGAAUCAGUCCAGCCAAGAAUGAAGAAGAAAGAAGAGUAAAGGAUGAUUCCUGUGUUCAGCCUGAUGAAUCCAAGUCAAAACUGUGUCAGAGUACAUUGUCUAUUUUCAAAAUUCUUAUAUGUACAACUGGAUCUCUUUUAUUUCCUACAGCAGUUUAUUAUAUAGAAGGCAAAACUAUUCUUUUCUGGCAGGCAACAGCCAUUUCUUGCUUGAUAAUAUUUUUAUUGAUAUUCAUGUUAUUUUCUGCUAUUCAUUGUCAAGUGGAUAGGCUCAAGAUAUAUAUGAAAGCGCUGUUGAAUACAAAAAGCAGUAUAACAAAAGAGCAGAUCUUCAGUAUAAUUGUUAAAGUAAAGCAGAUUGAAUUUUGUAAUAAUUUAACUAGUAACAUCGUGUAUAUUAUACUAUUGCUUGGUAUCAUCAUGUUUUCUAGUAUCACAGCCUAUAAAAUUGACCUGUUAUUUAUUUUUUAUGCUUCAUUAAUAAUAAUUGGCUUUAUUAUAGGCAUUUUAACAACUAAAGUGCAAAACAGUUGUACAAAUGAAUUACCACUGCACAGCUCAGGCAUUAAAUUACAAGUUACAAAAGCCUCUCCCACAGCAAAAAGAGAACUUAAAUUUUCAGACAUGUUCUAUCCAAAAAGGCCUCAGUCUUAUAUUAACUCAAUAUCUCCAACUUCUCAAAAUACUGAAAGUUGUAUGGAAAAACUAAGCCCAAAUUUAAAACCAAAUACUCCACCUCCAAGCUACUUUGAAGCAAUACGUAAUAUUGAAAAUUUAGAUUUAUCUCCAAAUUUCAAUUUUCUCAAGAAUUUAGAAUGAUUUAAUAUAUCUACUUUUAUGGCAUA